AUGAUGUACGGAGGCAUCUCUGACCCUUCUGCAGCGUUCGGCGCUGGCGGCUACCAGACUUCUUCGCGAGGAAACGAGACGAAAAUCUAUCGGUUGACGAACGGCAAAUACCUCAGUCGAUAUGUGAACGAGCCAGUGCGUCUUAUUGGCCUGUUUAAGGGCCUCGAAGACAACGGCUUCCGCCUCAUCUUCACUACGACAGACGGGGUGACAGUUUCGUGCUCUCUGGCGCGAUCCGUCGCCCAGGACGCGGCGACUCAGGACAGAGUCGUCGUUGUGUGCGGCGUGCUUUCCUCGGUGUCUCCGCCACAGCUCGCCCAAGGCUUCUUCACUCCCUUGGGAAACGAGCUAAAUGCUGAGCAAGCAGACGAGGUUGUCGCCGUAGCGCACCACGAUUUCUUCUCGCCGUUUUACCCUCCCUCUGCAACGGACGCGGCUGUGCGGUCAUCCGAGGCGCGAUGA